UUCCCUUCGAAACAAAUCAUUGUCUGAGGAGUUACUUAUGCCUGUUUGUUGGUUUUGAAGGAUGAUGCUUACCGUGAUUAAAUGCUAGAACAUUUAAAUAAGCAACAUUUUACUCCAUUUGGAAAGGUCACAUAUAUAUUAUUUCCUGACUAGCCUUUCUGUGAACAGACAUUUCCUGAUGAAGUUUUUGACCUGGAAAGAUCUGUACGUACCCUCGACUUAACACACAAUAAAAUGGUUGAAAUUCCUAUGGAGAUCAACAAACUAAGUAACUUACAGCGUCUUAUUUUAGCUGAUAACGUUAUUGAGCGUCUUCCCAUGAAUCUGGGAUUGCUUCAGUCUUUGAAAGUGGCAACACUUGAUGGGAACCGGAUCACAAACUUGCCUGAGGAAUUGGGGCAGUUGGUGAAACUUGAGCGUCUGUCUGUCUCAGCAAACUUGUUGACAAGCUUGCCUGACACAAUCGGGAGCUUGCGGAGUUUGGUUUUGUUGAAUGUUUCAAACAACAAGUUAAAGUUUCUUCCUGAAUCAAUUGGAAGUUGCUUCUCUUUGGAAGAGCUGCAAGCCAAUGAUAACUCCAUCGAAGAGCUUCCUGGUUCAAUUUGCAAUCUCAUUCAACUAAAAUCACUCUGUUUGAACAAUAAUAAACUCAAUCAGAUGCCUCUAAAUUUAUUAAAAGAAUGCAAGGGCUUGCAGAACAUAGCCCUACAUGGCAAUCCCAUCACCAUGGACCAAUUUCAACAAAUGGAAGGAUUUCAAGAAUUUGAAACCAGGCGUAAAAUGAAGUUCGACAAACAAAUUGAUUCAAAUGUGAUAAUCAGUUCUAAAGGACUUGAUGAGGGUGUUGAUUUGUGAUACCACUGCUGCUGUAAUUUUUUGGGUGGAAAUUGGAGGCGUUGAACUAUUUGAUAUCGAGGAAAUGCUGUUACUGCUGACUCCCAAGAAUAUGCUCAUGCCUUUCUACAGUUCUUCAUGGAAUUGUUAACUAUGACAAACUGGGCAAUGUAUCUAUGCUAAGUUAAGAGUAAUUGUAAAUGGUCUGUAUUUCAAGUGUCCCAAUCACUUUUUUCUUUUUGUAAAAGCUAUGUAUAUAUAUUAACUUAAACCUGGUUAUAGGUGCAAUAAAUAUAUCAGUUUUUAUAA